AUGAAUGAUGAUGGAGAGACACCUAUUAUUAGAGCAUCUCGCUAUGGAAAUGUAGAUGUUGCGAAAUAUCUUGUUUCCAUCGGAUCAAAGAUCGACUCCACUUGUAAUUCCAGUGAUACUCCGCUUAUCAAAGCAUCGUCAAAUGGACGCUAUGAUAUGGUUAAUUACCUUUUAUCCGCUGGUGCAAACAAAGAGGCAAAGAACAGAUUUGGUGAUACAGCACUUUAUUGGGCUGCUGCAAAUGGCAAAUUAGAUGUUGUUAAAUUACUCGUAAAUAAAGGAGCUAAUAAGGAUUCAAAGAAUCUCAAAGGAAAAACACCACUCAUCAUAGCGGCUGCAAAUAAUCAUCUUGAUGUAAUUAAAUAUCUUGUUGGUAGCGGAGCAGACAAAAACGCUGCCAGCAAAUUUGGAGAUACACCAUUAAGUGUUUCAAAUGGACCUGUUAGAGAAUAUUUGAGAUCUGUUGGAGCAAAAGAUUCGACAGCUCCUCCUCGCCGUGGAUUUCAAUAA